AUGACGGCGAACGACUCUACUAUGGAUGAAAAGGGUUUGAAGGGGGAGGGAGACUCUGUUGGUCGGGACUUUGACUUGGGUCAGGUUCUUGCUGUUCAGGCGACACCCGCGGAAGAGAGAAAGUUGUUAUGGAAGCUUGAUCUUUUUUUGAUCCCCUUAAUGGGCAUCGCAUAUUUCCUGCAAUUCUUGGAUAAACUCGCGCUCAGUCAAGCAACAUUAUUCGGGUUACGGCAGGACUUGCAUAUGAAAGGCAAUGAAUAUUCAUGGGCCUCUGCGAUCUUCUAUUUCGGCUAUUUUGCCUGGAGCUGGCCGAGUUCAUAUAUAAUUGUUCGUCUUCCCAUCGGAAAGUACCUCGCUGUUUCAGUAUUCCUAUGGGGAGGUAUCAUGAUGUGCCACGCAGCCUGCUCAAGCUGGGCCGGACUCAUGACAGUCCGAUUCUUUUUAGGUGUAGGAGAAGCCGCCAUUGCACCAGGCUUCACCUUGAUUACAGGAAUGUUCUACCGACGUGAGGAACAACCUCUCCGUCAAUCGGCCUGGUUUUUCGGAAACUGUGUCGCCCUAUUAUUCGGUGCCUUGAUCGCCUAUGGCAUUGGAAAUAUCAACACAAAUGCUAUCGAGCACUGGAAACUCCUAUUCCUCAUCUUCGGCGCCAUCACCUCCUUCUACGGCAUCGUUCUCCUCUUCUUGCUUCCAGACUCGCCCGCAACAGCUGUAUUCCUCAAGCCUCACGAGCGCGCCAUUGCUGUGAAAAGAACAUUGAAAAACAAGACCGGUGUCAUGGAUACUGGUGUCUUCAAGUGGUCGCAGGCCGUUCAAGCUCUCACAGAUCCCCAAACCUGGUUCUUGGUUCUGUGGUCAUUCACUACCAACUUAGCCAAUGGAGGUCUCACAAGUUUCACAUCAAUUAUCAUCGCCGGCUUCGGAUUCUCAGAUCUCAAGGCUCUCGUCAUGCAAAUGCCCCAAGGUGGUGCCCAGAUCGUAUUUUUGAUCCUCACUUCGACCGUUGCGACUUUCGUGCCAUCGUCCCGUAUUCUGGGCAUGAUUCUCAACAUCAUCGUUGCUGUCAUUGGUACUAUCCUUAUUUGGAAACUCAACGACGACAAUCUCGCAGGUCGAAUGGUUGGUUUGACGCUUUCUUGCGUUUUCGCUAUCAACUUGCCUAUUUCGCUGAGUCUUGUCACCUCCAACGUGGCUGGCUUUUCUAAGAAGAGUGUCACUGGAUCUUUGAUUUUCAUUGCGUACUGCGUUGGAAAUAUUGUUGGACCUCAAUUUUUCCUUUCUUCCGAGGAGCCUGCGUACCCGACUGGCAUCAAGGCUUCUAUGUCUGGAUUGGUGCUGAGCAUCUUUUUCCUCUUGUGCUUGUACUCCUACUACGUGUAUGAGAACCGUCGCCGUGAUAAGCUCUAUGGAUCACCUGAUGAAAUAACUGUGGGUGCUGAGUUGCAGGACGAAUUGUCUAACAAGACGGAUCGUGAAAUCGAGAGUUUCAGAUAUGUUCUCUGA